AUGAGCAGAUGUGAUGUAGCUUUGAGGAUCUUUGAAGCGACUGGGAAUUCAUUUGUUGUUGGAAGUAUAAGUGUGCUUUUAAGCAACGCUCUAAGAAGAGAAGGAUUGAUUGAGCAACCAGUCAGGAAUGGAGGAGAGAUGGCAAAGCAGUCGAUGGUGUAUUCGCUGAUUGGUUGUGGAUUGAAUAUGUUGGGUAUUUCAGGAUAUGCUAAGCAGUUAUUUGCACCUUUUGCUUCAUCUUUUGUGUGUGGACUGAGGAAUGGGAGAAGGUUUGGAGUAAAGAAUGCAAUGAGCGGACUGUUAGGUUCAUUUGGAUAUGAAAUGAUUAAUAAAGCAAGAGGGUAUUAA